AUGAUUUCCUUUCUCUUUACAGAUCUCUUUCUCCAGCUUGAGACAGAGCAGGUGGAGAGGAACUACAUCAAGGAGAAGAAAGCAGCGGUGAAGGAGUUUGACGAUAAAAAAGUGGAACUGAAGGAAAACCUAAUUGCAGAGUUGGAGGAGAAGAAAAAGAUGAUCGAGAAUGAAAAAUUAACAAUGGAGCUGACGGGAGACUCAAUGGAGGUAAAACCUAUAAUGACUCGGAAGCUGAGGAGACGACCCAAUGACCCGGUCCCAAUACCAGACAAACGGAGAAAACCUGCACCAGCUCAGCUAAAUUAUUUGUUAACAGAUGAUCAGAUAAUGGAAGAUCUAAGAACACUUAAUAAGCUUAAAUCACCAAAAAGGCCAGUGUCUCCCACGACUCCAGAGCACGUCCCCUCCGCCCCCAUGGAGAGCCCCUCCCAGCGGUACGAGGCUCGCAUCGAGGAGGGGAAACUCUACUACGACAAAAGAUGGUACCACAAGAGCCAGGCCAUCUACCUGGAGUCCAAGGACAACACAAAGAUUAGCUGUGUCAUCAGCUCAGUGGGGACCAACGAGAUAUGGGUGAGGAAGACGAGCGACAGUACAAAGAUGAGGAUCUACCUGGGUCAGCUGCAGAGGGGAGCGUUUAUCAUCCGUCGACGGUCGGCUGCAUGAAACAUCGCCCCGCCUCUCCCCAUCUGUCCAUUUAUCCAUCCAUCCAUCCACCCGCCUUCCUUAAUGGUGCAUCUCAGUUUGACUUAUUAUUCAUCAUAGACACUACCCCCUUAUGACACAAACAUACACACACAGUCUUCUGUGAUCAAGAACAAUUGCAUCUGUUUCCUACAACCAAAUGACAGUACAGUUAAAGUUGUCAUAACUGACUGCUUUCCAGCAUUAUUUGUCACUAUGUGGCAUGUGUGUGAAGUGGUCAUAACAGAGCCUGCUUUAUUUCUGUCUCAUGCUGUCAAUACAAAUGUUUUUUUAAAACACACAUUGUCAUUUACCUUUUUAUAUAUAAGUUAUUUUUCCAUAUGUUGUUGGUCAAGUGGCCCCGCAGAAACUGUCUCCAAGCUUUUAAAACUCUCUAAUGUGAUCCUACACCAGGAGUCAUGCCAUUUACAAAAGAAUAUGUCUUUUGCACUGUCAUCAAAAAAAACGGCAUCUUGCUAUGCUGAUGUUUUUUUCCCUAAUAACUUGUUCAAAAGCCCAAUGUAUUAAAACCCCAAAUUUCUUAUUUGAAAAUGUAUUUUAAGGAUAUUCUGUUAUUUCUUUGCCAUUGUAUGCGACCUCCUCCAUAUGUGAACCAUCUGGAAAAGUUCAGCUGUAUUUGCAUGUGGAGCGCUACGUUGACUGCUGAUUUCUACUGUGUUCCAUUUUAUUAAAAUGUUUUCUGCAUUUUAUUAAUUUAAUUAAAGAUUUGUUGCUUUUUUAAAUCUUGAAAUAUGCAGGAACAGGUUUGCUGGCUUUAAGUCAGUCAUGGUAAUCAACAUUUUACUGUUUACUAGAUAUUACGUGUGUCGUUCAGUGCUGAGAAGCAAACAUUGGGUUUCUAAUGCUUUUUUGCUGAAGGGAGUUUGGAAAAAAAUAGUUAAAACAUUAGAGGGACAUUCAAAAUGAAUUUUUGCUAUCUGAAGUGCUUACUAACACAGAAACUACAAAAUAAGUUUUUUCAUCAGAUUCCAUCGGAAAACAUGAUUUUCAACAAGCUACUGGUACAGAUUUGGCUCACCUUAUGAC